AUGCCUAUCCACGGGGCUGUCGCACGGUGGGAUAUCGUUAGCCCAACUCAGUUACGUGACACGCAGAUGAAGGGCUUCACUGCUUCUACUGUUGUACGGAUUCGCCUUAUUCCCGGUGGUCCGCCAUUUUGUUCUAUAAAUAACAGUUGCAAUCCUGUCCAUGUAGUUGUUCCGCUGACUGAACUACGCUCAUUACUCCUGAGAGUUAGUUGUGAAGGGAUAGAAACACUGGGCUGUACGAAGUCUAUCCAGGUGAACGUUAUUUUUAUGCUGACAUCGUCUAUCCUGUGUUCACCUUCUCGCCUGGGAACAAAAAUGGUUUCGCAAAUCCAUACGUUCAGCCUAGUGCUGGUGGCCAUAUUGGUUUGGUCCGCUAUUGCUCCCUUACCCGCCACAGCUGAUUUGACAGUGAAAUGCGUUCAGAACCCUCCCAGAGAGUGCACGUACAUAGGUGAAGAUGCUCUGUACGUUUGCAGUGUACGGGGAUCUCCUAACGGGCUCGCGGACAUCAGCGUCUCGCCUGCACGCCAGACCACGUUCAACAUAGUCACUGUUCCCGGCGGACAGAACGUGCCGUUCAUCUUUCAAAACGUCAGCCUUGCAGAUAACCAGCUGACACACUGUGUGGCUGCCAGUACUCCCCGUUCGUACGCGAAGGCUUGCUUCCAAGUCCGGGCGUGCAUACCGAAUAUCCUGAACUGCCGGGUGACAAACUAUGCCGACUGGGAGAACUGUACGGACAUUGGCAUGGAUGUCCAGUUCCACUGCACCGCACGGGGUCCAGAACUGUCCCUGGACCUGCCCAGUCCUACCUGCCGGGCCAGCGUUGGAGUACAGGAGGUGGCCGGCGGAGAGGAUCUGUCCUUCACGUUCCGUAACCUGAGCCCGGCAGAUAACGGGAAAAAGCACUGCAUUUCCGCCCGCACCACGCAUGAGCAACAAAGUCGCUGCCUCAACCUGGCCGUCUGCCCGCCGAAGCCAUGGAUUUACUUGCCAGCGACUUUGGGCAAGCUCAGCCGGUCAUCCAUUGCGAGACGCGACGUAUCGCACACUUCCUACCAGGACGCGGUGCGCCAUUGCACCGCCAUUGGUUACCAGCUUGGUAGCGAGCAAGAACUUCUUCAUUGGCGUGACGCUCUGAGCAGCGAGUUAACAUCGAUCGCACGCGACUCGACUGGCCCGUAUUACAUUGCCAGCUCAGCAGCCAACCCUCGAGUUGUCAUCCUCACAGCCACAGGCACACCAAUAUUUACCGAUGCCCGUCCAGGGAAGCUUUACCGGUCGCUUUGCUUUGUGUUGUGCGAUAACGGAUUCAUGGACACAUCCGUACCCAGUGCGCCUGCAUGCAGGUGUCUAUCUGGUUGGCUUGGCGAGCGAUGUGAAAAACGUGCUGUUGCUGGUUUUUUGAGUAAAACUACAUGGGUUGCACCCAGCACUGGGUUCUGUAAGCCCACCGACACCACGCCACUGCAAUGCGCCCAGAACGGCCGCUACCCGUGGCAUCCGGCCCAGGUCUGGUGUGACCGGUGGUACAGUAGCAUUGCAACACAGCUACCCCUGCACAGCUCGGCUGCACCUGCGUUCCAUCGCUUCGUCAGCCAGCUAGUCGUGGCCGGCUAUCACGAUCAUAUGUCCGUCUGGCUCAACAACACCGGCACUAAAUCCCUGUACAGCCUUGGCAGAGAGGCCCUCAGCGCUCCACAUAUCACCAGUCCCGUCACCGGUGACCCAGCGGCCGAUGUAAUCUGCGAAGCUGAUUGGACAAACAGAGUAGUCAGGUACCGGCCGUGGAACACUCGCGUGGCAAUGAAGUCAGCACCGGCCGUAUCCGCCGCUAACCUGUGGAUGAUCCAGGAGUUCUGCCCAGCCAUGAAUAUGUCAAUGCCGCAAGCGACCGAUGACCCCUUCUUCAUCCCGGGCCUGUUUUCAAACGCCAUGCCACAGCUCGGCGUCGCAGGUCCUCCGUUUUACGUCCCAGUGUGGUCGCAACAAUACAGCAGCAUCCAGAUUGCCAAGAUUUUGUCGGCAACGCAGGUCCAAUACAUUUCUGUCAGCCAACAGGCGACGUACAGUCCUGUAUGCAUCAAAUUGUGCUCGUCGGGUCAAUCCCUGAACAGCUACAAUGAAUGCAUUUGAGCUCACCGUGACAGAGCUCCUCCGGACAACAGGGAAAUGGUAGAUGUCACAGCGCUCGCAACAACAGACGUCACCGACCGACGGAAUAAAACUACAGGAAAGGCCAACCCUAUUCCCGUCAAUUCUGUUCCUGCCAUGGUCUUCACAAUGCCGUGGUGUCAUUGAGCCAAUCGUGCAAGUCUCGAUUUGUUCCAUUAACGGCUUUACGUCUCUCUUUGUCCCAUCCAGAUUUUGUCUGUGAAUGUGACUAUACAAGAGAGUGUACAUUCAGUACACUUGCAGUUAUCUGUGCUUCUUCUACCAUGGGUGUACCCGUGCGUUUGAGAUCUCUGCAGGAGAAUACUCAACUACUUCCCAGUGUUGCACAAUCUUUCAGCUGUGUUUCUUGCUCGAAUCGAUUUGUUUCAUUUCGAUUUUUUCUGUGAAUGUUGCUGAAAGAGA